CAGGGGCAUCUCAAAAGCACGCGCGCUGCCAGACCGCACACUGUUCUGCUGCUACUCAAUUGACUCUGCUGCUCUCCUACUAAAUAUCGUUUAUUGUCUCACAACACUAUGCUUGACGUCCAAGACUUCAUCACCUCGAGGGGAGGUGACCCCAAGAAAGUGGUCGAGAGCCAACGCAGAAGAUUCACCUCUACAGAAGUCGUCGACGAAGUCAUUGCGCUAUGGGAAGAUGCAUACAAGACGCGGUACCAGGCUACACAAAUCGGCGCAAAGAUCAAUGCUGUACAAAAAGAGAUUGGCAAGUUGAAGAAGGCAAAACAAGACGCAGACCACCUAUUAAAAGAGAAAGCAGACCUCGAGAAAGAGAAGAAGCAAGUGGAAGAGGAGGCCGCCGAAAAGGAAAAGGCAAGAGACAAGAAAUGCAAGACGAUCGGUAACUACGUGCACGAGUCGGUACCGCUGAAUGACAACGAGGACUUCAACGAAGUGGUCAAGCAAUGGGCCCCCGAAGGUGUGACGGUCGAGAAGAAAGACUGUCUGUCGCACCACGAAGUCAUGACACGAGCCGAGGUAUACGACGGCGAACGAGGUGUCAAACUCGUCGGCCACCGAGGCUACUUCCUGCGGAAAUGGGGUGUGCUGCUGAAUCAGGCGUUGAUCAACUACGGUCUGCAUUUCCUCGUGGACAAGGGCUAUGACCCCAUCCAGCCUCCCUUUUUCAUGAAGGCCGAGUACAUGGCCAAGACGGCGCAGCUGGAGCAGUUCGACGAGGAACUGUACAAGGUCAUCGAGGACAAGGAUGGUGAGGACAAAUAUCUCAUUGCAACUUCAGAGCAACCGUUGUCGGCCAUGUUCGCGGACGAGUGGUUGACCGAGAAGGACCUGCCCAUGAAAUUCGCCGGGUACAGCUCGUGUUUCAGAAAGGAGGCUGGCUCGCAUGGGAGAGAUGCGUGGGGUCUGUUCCGGAUACAUCAAUUUGAGAAGAUUGAACAAUUCCUAUUCGUCAAACCCGAAGAAUCAUGGCAAGCCCUCGAAGACAUGAAGAGCGUGGCCGAGGAGUUCUACCAGUCUCUCAAAUUGCCCUACCGAGUCGUUGCCAUCGUCUCGGGCGCACUGAACAAUGCCGCGGCCAAGAAGUAUGAUCUGGAAGCGUGGUUCCCAUACCAGGGCGAGUACAAGGAAUUGGUGUCAUGCUCCAACUGCACCGACUAUCAGACACGGGAGCUGGAGAUUCGGUAUGGCCAGAAGAAAGGCGCCAUCGACGCGAGGAAGACGUACGUGCAUGCUUUGAACGGGACGCUGUGUGCCACGGAGCGGACGCUGUGCUGUUUGCUGGAGAAUUACCAGAAGGAAGACGGCUUUGAAGUGCCAGCUGCGCUGAAGCCUUUCUUGCCGCCUGGCACGCCGGAUAUUAUUCCUUACACCAAGGAGUUGCCCAAGGAUACGGUGUCGGCAAAGGCGAAGCAGCCGGCUAAGCCGACGGAGGGUGCCCCAGAAGGUGGACCAAAGCUCAACAUGCCGGCGGCGGAAAACGUUGCGGACAAAAUGAAGGACAUGAAGGUUUGAAGAAGCAUGUAUUGAUCUAGACUUGAUGAGCAUGAGUUUGCACUGGACAUUGGGAAAUGAUCGUUGUGAUGAAUGUCGGGUAUGUUGAAGACUUUCACGAUGCUGCUGCAGCAACCCAGGAGGCAUGCGGGAAACAAGAUGCAUCGAUAUGCUAGAUUAAAGAGGCCACGAGAAACAUCAGAGAAUCUAAAGGUUGCUCAACAGGGGUAUAUCUGUUUCUUUCUGCAGCUGUUUGAAAGCAAGUCUGGCACUAUCUGACUGGGAGCAUUUCCGUCUCCCAUGUCGAAAGGUGUCAAAACUGCAUUCAGGAGCCUGCAGAUAUGGACCGAGAAGGGGUUACAUACAGGGAAUGCUCUUGCUCUCGUACCAUGUUCUCAUGUCAGUAUUCCUCCAAU